AUGACGGAAUCGGGGAACAGUUCGGGCAGCCCUCGGGCUCAGGAGUCUUCCCUGUGUAUCCCGACGUCUCCGCAUGCUAGAGCGAAGCGAAGAAUUGCCGUUCUUGAGGAGGAAGUCGAAAUUUUGAAACAGGACAAGGUAACAAAGCAAAGGAAGACAACCUAUUACAUCUCGCAGGGACGAGCAAUCCGCUGUAUGGUUGCCCUUUAUACUCCCAUAGAAGACCUUAUCGCCGAAAAUGACUGGCAUUGUGAAGAUGGCGACAGUGACACUACCAUCGAACAAGACCGCCACCAAUGUGGCUACAUCGAACUCAGCAAGACGCUACCAUGGAUUCACCAGAAGCUGAUGAGUCUCAACCACGAGGAGUCGGAAGAUAUGCUCAGAAAGGGUGGUCCUCAGCAUCUUUAUUAUAUCCCCUGCGCGGACUCAGCUCGUGGUGACAACAUGGGUACUCUCAAGGAACUUGUGGCAUCGACCGACGACAAGCACCACCGAGGCUUCGUUAAUGAUGCAUGCGGUCGCAUGCUCUGUCCAGCGGAAUGGCGUUGGGACGACCCAGUCGUCAGGGCUGGGAUUCGUGACCGUACCACUGCAUACAUCGUCUCUGAGAACUCAUGGCCGUUGUUCAUGUAUGAAGGCUAUGAAGCUUCCGUCAAGAAUCUCGAGCGCGGUCUCAUGAAGUCAAAAUUGUUAGUUAUGGGAUUCAAGGCCAUCUUUACUUCUCCAUCCUCUGCUAAUGAGGCAGAUGGUGACAGUGACGGCGCCGAUAUCCUCGAGAACAACCGACGCGCCAAGAGACGAUCAGACCAAGCAAGAGUCAAGACUUGUGUCGCCUCUAUCAUAGGUAUGAGGAAGGUGACUCCCCGCGCGAUUGCCUACACUGCUUGCCAAGUCCAAUUUGCUCUUUCAAACAUCACCUCCUGGCGCACUGUAGAUGCAGACUUCGAUUAUCAACUGUUCUGGAAUAACAUCGUAGAUUUCUUUGAAGAUGCGCCAGGUCGAGCUGCGCGAGCUAGGGUACAUGCGCUCCUGGAGUGGAAAGUUUUUGGAAGAAAUCACCGGCAGGACCUGACACUAGAUGUUAUUUCCCAAAUGUCUGUCAGUGCUCUUGCUGCCCAGAGACUGGAGAUGGAGGCGGCCGCAUUUGACUCUGAUUAG